ACACGGACCGUACUUGGCCAAAUCGGCAGUCAGUUGUAUUUGAUGGCCGACCAGGCCAUAACGUGGUUUCCUAGUAGGAGAAAAUAUUAUUAAAUAACCAACGUGCCAUAACAACUAAAUAAACAACCAAUGCUAGUUCCUUGCUGAAGCUUGUCGUAUUUUUUAGUUGACAUAUAUGCAGCUGAGACCAAGUGGAUAACAAGCUGCAGCUGAUUCGAGGAAUGCCCAGCGUCAUUUACUGCGAAUCGAGCAAUUUGGAUCAUCGAAUUUUUAACUGCAUUCAUUAGAUUUUCAAGCUGAAAUUACACUGGAUUAAUCGUAAGUCCGGGAAAUCGAGUUGAACUAGGCCAUUGUGGACAUUGCGUGCCACGUUCGAACUUUUGGCGAUAAGCCCCUUCUCGAUAAGCUUUAUCAUCCCCACGAAGCCAAUUCGUUAAUCGUCGACGGCGGAGCAUAAGUCAAUAUUCAAAGUGGAUCAUGGGCGCCCAAAGUAAACUGGCCGAGAUAGCCUUGAACUGCACCUGCUAUGAGUAUCACCAUCCGUGGACAAAGAGCUGUGCCUGCGCUGCGGCAGGAAUGAUGAUCUCUGAGAUCCCUCCCAGUCUGCGCACCUACGCCACUGUAUACGUGUUUGCUCUAAUCAUGCGAGGACGCAUUCCAUCGCUGAAGGAUCUGAGACGCACUGCAUCUGGAAUCCUACAGUCGACAGCGUUUCUUUCGAUGAAUGGAGGCCUCUUUGUCUUUGCCGUGUGCUACUUGCGACAGAUCUUGGGAGGAUUCUACUUCGGCACAGUUGCUUGGCUGCCCUCGUUUUUGGCCAGCUUUGCAUGUCUUGCCUUCGAGCGUCCGGAACGCCGUGCUCCUCUCGCAUUGUAUGUGGCCAAUGUGGGUAUCGAAACGCUGUGGAAGAUGAUGGAGGCACGAGGCUGGGUUCGAUCCAUUCCUAAUGGACAGGUGUUCAUCAUGGGUGCAAGUGUGACCGCCUUGAUGUAUUUAUAUCGCGCCGGAUUGCACAAGACAGUGGCCAAGGAUCCGACGUUCAAGGCUAUUGCCCUGAUCGUGGGCAAAGAGGACGAGGGUCCACUGAAGACACCGGUGGUCACCACCACGCAAAGCUCUCGCCAGGCUCCCCUCAACUUCCAAAGCAUUUCAGCCUACGUACAGCUCUAUGACCGCAUGCUGAAGGCCAAACAUCCAAGUUGUCCCCACAAGAGGGGCUGUGUUCCCUACGCCCUUAUUGGAGGACUAAAGCCAUUCCUGGGCGGUGUUGGCCUAUCGGUGGGUCUAAAGCUGCUGCUCAACAUUCCCAAGAUCUUUAAGUCUAAGAUGCAGUGGCGCAAGCACAUCUUCAACGGGGGAUCCUUGCAGUUGGGAUUGGCGCUGGGCAUCUUCUCAUUUCUUUUCAAGUCGACUACCUGCGGACUGCGUCACACGUUUGGUUUCGACAAUGCUCUCUUCGCCAUUCCGGCUGGCCUCAUCGGAUCGAUUGGCUUCUUCCGUUUCCCGAACACCACGGUGGCCUGUUAUCUAAUGUGGAAGUCCAUGCAUCUGCUCUACAACUGGGGCAUCGCGGAGGGCAAGUUGCCCGAGGUGCCGCACUUUGCGAUGCUCAUGUACGGAUUCUUCACGGCCGUGCUCUUCCACUCGGCAAUCCUGGAGGCUCGUUCCCUGCGGCCCAGCUACUACAAGUUCCUCAUGGGCAUCUCCGGAAAUCGCAUCAGUCGCUUUAAUGUGAAGCCCUUCGAGGCUUACGGACUGAAGAGCCAGGACCAGAUCAACUAUGUGAUCAAGAAACUGGGCAUCGACAUGACCUCACCCUUCCCCCUUUACGCCCUGACUGUCUAGAUGGGUUUCCCCCAUAACUUCGCAUACCUACUGUACAGUAAAAAAAAAAAACAGAAACAAUAAAUGUGUAACACAACGAUGCAGCAAAACUUUAAAUUAAAUGCGCGACGCAGAAUGGCCAUUAAGGACUUUUAAGUGAGGAGCCGCAGAGUGGGCCAACAUCAAUCACGGAGACAACAAGCCGCUGGCACCCUUAAAGCCCCCCUUAAAGCCCCCUCGAAAAAAACCCGUCUCCGUCCCCGAGCCACUGCCUCACCGCUGUGACAACUCUAGACGGCGGCUCCGCGCCGCUCAAUUAUUUACAUUUAUAUGUCAUAUAAAUUUAUUGCCCACCAUAACUCAGCCGGCCCAAAAGCGAACUGGGAUGAGCGGAGAGUUGAGCUGAGACAGACCAACUCGAGAUACCCGAAAUGCAGCUACAAAAUCACUAAAAAUAAAAAUAAUAAUAAAGCACGGAGCCAAAUGAGUAAAAGUGCACAACUUGUUUCAAGAACUACGAAACUGGGGAUACCCUGAAGUCGUUGCAACUCAAUGGGGAAAAGUUUUAUUUCGGUUGAUGUCUGUGGGAUUGGUAACUGGCUUUAUACAGAAAUCGGAAUUUAUACAAAUAUAACACAUU